UUCAUGAAGUGUUCAAAUAAGGAAAUGUUUCCAAGCCGUUUAAAUCUAAGUGUGAUUUUACUGAUGAUUAUUAUUGAAAUAAUUUCAUGUGCUAAUAUAAACAAUGUCACAUCAUCAAGACAGAGUCCAAUUAAUGAUGAGAUUCACAGAAAAUUUGAUAAUUUAUCAAUGACCAAACACCGAUACAGUGACACUGACGACGAUGACAAAAGAGACAACGACGUCACUUCAGCUGAUCAAUAUAAUAGGAUAACCUUAUUUCAGUUUAUUCGAUCACCAGAACCUGAUGCAUACGAAUCUGGUUAUCGUCGAGGAAAUGAAGCUCAUCUGAUUGAAAGAAAUGACAAAAAGGUUGGAAAUCGAGGAGAAGUUAAAGUUCACUGGAAUGAUAAAUACGGUGGUCAAGGUCGACAGACUUGGAAAUUUGGACUUAGGCCAAGGGGCGAUAAAGAGAUGAAGAAAAUGAUAAACUUGGUAAAAUCUUACACUAAUUCAUUUAGAGUGUCAACUUGAUGUUUGUAAAUCACUAGAGACUAAAUUGUUGAAAGUUGAUAAUAGACCAGUCAGAUUAUUAGUAAAUUAACUUGUAAGUGAUUGAUUUCACCAGAAAACGUAAAUUUUGAUUCACUCUGAUGAAAAUCAGUCUUCUAGUCACUGACCGUAAAUUAAACUUUUUACGGUGAAAUUUACUCGAUUCGCUUCAAAUUAUAACUUGUACAGGUAACAUGAUGAAUUAUUGACCCAACCCUAAUCUUCAAGUUCUAAAAGAAAAUAUUUUGUCAAUU